AUGUGGCCGCCACACUCAUUCCAAAAACAUUUGUGUGUGAUUUUUCUUACUGCAGCCUUAAUCGUCUCAUUUUCCGUUAUAAAAAAACCCAAGACGCAAAAUAAAUCACUUCAAAACAGCCACAAAACUCCUAGUUUAAAAUCAAGAUCAGUACAUUUAAGGCACGAAAUUCGGAAUAAAAGUGGCAAAAUUCUACAUAUUCUAGGGUUGUUUGAAUUGACAACUAAAUGGGGGAGGAGACCGGAGGGAUUAAGUGAAAUAGCGGCUGCUGAACUUGCCAUCAAACACGUAAAUCGCUUUAAUAUACUUCCUGACUAUACACUCAAACUAAUUAUUAACGACACUCAGUGCGAUCCGGGGGUUGGAAUCGAUCGGUUUUUUCACGCGAUUUACUCAAAAAAAACCAUUGUUAUGUUACUGGGGACGAGUUGCUCGAAUGUUACCGAGAGUUUGGCCCACGUUGUGCCUUACUGGAAUAUUUUGCAGGUCUCCUUUGGGUCUACAUCACCCACUUUGAGCGACCGCAAAAAAUUCCCUCUAUUUUUCCGCACUGUAGCUCCUGACUCGUCCCACAACUCGGCUAAAGUCACUUUUGUGAAAUAUUUUGGAUGGAGAGUCAUCGCAACGUUUUGUCAAAGUGAAAAUAAAUUUCUCCUCCCUCUCAACAAUCUUAUAACGGAUUUUGAAAACGAGAACAUAUCUUGUGUUACGACAAUUACGUUUUCUUUGGACAAUUAUAAAGAGCAGCUAAAAAUUUUGAAAAAUUCCGACAUUCACAUAAUUAUUGCGGCCUUAUCGAGCGAAAUCGCGCCUGCGAUUUUUUGCGAAAUUUAUAGUUUGGGAAUGUACGGCCCUGAUUAUGUUUGGAUUCUUCAAGACAGGCAAGAUAUUUGGUGGAAUAUAACAACGAAAUGCUCGUCUCUGAAAUUGAGCAAAUCGGUGGAGGGAAUAAUUUUGGUUUCAGAUUACAAUGUUGUUGGGGAAAAUAAUACAGCAAUUUCAGGGCUGGAUAAUGCCCGUUUUGAGUCAGAAUUAAACGUUUCAAAAAUUUCCAAAUACGCGAGUUUGACUUAUGACGCCGUUUGGGCCAUGGCUUUGAGUCUGAAGGACGUGCUAGAUUUCGGGCAAGAAUUUAAUUACCGGCGAAGCGACAUUGUUUGUGAAUUUGUGCUCCGGAUGAGCUCUUUGAAUUUCAUGGGCAUAUCAGGUCCGUUGAAGUUUAUUGGAGCUGAUCGUGUUGGAAGUUCCGUUUUGCGUCAGAUCCAAGAUGGGCAUGUUAGAGACAUUGCUCUAUUUAAUUCCGACACCGGAGAGCUCGAUUUCGAAUGCAAAGCUUGCUACCGCGUUAGUUGGUGGAACACACAAACACCCAUUGCGCAAAGAAUAUUAAAACUGUCACUAAUUACCAUUCCAAAGUCUCUGUUACUUUUCAUAAUUUUUAUUUCGAGCAUGGGAAUUUUAUUCGCAGUUUUGUUUCUCUAUUUUAAUUUACAUUUCAGGCGGAUGAAGAGUGUCAAAUUAUCAAGUCCGAAAUUGAAUAAUGUGGCGGUCGUGGGAUGUAUUUUAGUCUACCUUUCAGUCAUCCUUUUGGGGUUUGACACAUCCACAGUGAAUAAAUAUGUUGACGAACUUUGCACGGUCCAAGUCUAUUUGCUCUCGGCUGGAUUUUCAUUAGUAUUCGGUUCGAUGUUUGCUAAAACAUAUCGUGUCCACCGCAUUUUUACCCACUCCGGGGGUCCGAGCAAAGUCAAAGAUAAAUUACUCAAAGACAAGCAGCUCAUUGUUUUGAUUUUAAUUCCUUUAAUAAUCGAUGCAAUUAUUCUGGCACUGUGGGUAAUGAUCGACCCUUUGGAACGACAAUUAUACAAUUUAACUUUAGAAAUUAAUUCCGAAGAGCGUGGAGUUGUUUAUCAACCGCAAGUGCAAGUAUGUCGGUCGCAGAACACAACUGGCUGGUUUAUUGCUGUUUACGGUUAUAAAGGGUUGAUUCUAAUUAUGGGUGUUUUUAUGGCUUGGGAGACGCGACAUGUCAAGGUGCAAGAACUGAAUGACUCGCAAUAUAUUGGAAUUUGCGUCUACAGUGCUGUUUUCAGUGCAAUAAUCACAGUUUUGACGAGUUUUGUAAGCGAAUACGUGAUAUUUAGUUAUUUAGCCCGAACUAUAAGUAUAUUAACAUCGACAACAUUGACACUGUUUUUGCUAUUCUCACCCAAACUCAAAUCGGUUUUUGGACGCUACAAUUCACAGGAUCCGAUUAUGCAAAGUAUGGGAUUAAAAAUCGAGUACAAUACAAGGCGAUUUAUCAAAAAUGACCCCAAAGAACAAAUCCUUCGUCUAGAAAUACAAAAUAAAGUAUACAAGUGCGAAUUAGCAGCGCUCGAUUUAGAAAUCACUCGUCUGGAAGGACUUUUACAAUUAAGUCGACGGUCCAGUGAAGGAGGAAUAUUUACCAUCUACAAGGACGAUCGUGAUAAUCCUGAAAUUUGCUUCAGAAAAGAGGAGUGGGCCUUGUGGCCGUCACAGUUUUCCGAAACUCAUCAAGAAUUCACAUCAGAGAAUAAAUUGAACAAUGAGAAUCAACACAACUCUUUAAUUAAUGAAAUGAAAUGCUUUUUUAAUAAAAACAUGCUAAUUAGCCCCACUAUAAGAAACGAAUUUUCUAACAAUGAUUUUUUGAAACUUGAUGUGGUAGAGCAGAGGCAUAAGUCCAAUCCGGAGUUUUUUUAUGAAACGUCAACUUUGAAAGAAAAGAAUUUGGCACGGGCCAAGUCCGAGCUUAAUGUUACGCUUUUGCGGAGUUUCAGAUAAAUUAUUAUUGUCUGUAUUGGACAGUAGAAAAAUUAAA